AUGCAAGAGUCGUCUCCAGUAAUCGUCUAUCCUGCGUCGUUCCCAUCUAAUACAGAUAGGCGGCCGGUAGUUUUACAGCAAACAAUAUCUAAGCCACCAACAUUUUCUGGAGAAAGCCCCGUAAAACCAGGUGAUGCUACGUACGACGAAUGGCGGUAUGAAGUUCGUAUGUUAAUGGCUGAAGAUAAUAGCUAUCCACCAUCAUAUGUCCGAAAGUCACUGCGAGGAGAAGCUAGGCGUCUCACCAUGAGAUGCCAGAGUUUAAAAGAAGUUCUAAAGAAAUUAGACACUUUCUAUUCAUCGGUUGAUGAUGGCGUUGUACUCUUGCAAACAUUUUACAGUUGUAGGCAAAAUAAAGAUGAAAAUGCACGAUCGUUUUUUUACCAUCUGGAAGACUUGCUCCACCAAGCAAGAGACAAGGGCGAAAUUGGUGACCAGUCUGAUGACCGAUUACGUGACGUGUUCUGGAAAGGAUUACGAGAUGCCAAUAUCAAAGCCUCUCUUCACCAUCAUUACGAGAGUAAGAUUGCGCCAGAGCGUCUUUUGCGACUAGUAAGGGAGCAGGAAGACCAUUCCGAAGUUCCACCUAAACAACGGAAUGUGACUGUACACCAACAAGCCACCCUUCCAACACCCAGUCAGACUACACCUGCUUCACCAACACCAAAACCCAGCCAGCCCAAAACAAAAGAGAAUGACGAGUGGAUAUGUCACAGGUGUAGUCUUCCCGGACACAUUGGUAAGGGGUGUAAAAACUUUCACCUCUGGGAUGGGAACAAGGCAGUUGCCUCUGGGGCACUCAGCUCACAGCAUUUAAACGGGAGAAGACAAUUUGCCAGUCUCACACAUUUUGCUUUCCCAUUGUUGAGUCUACAAGUACAUCGUCAGAUGCCAUUCCGGAAACACUACUAA